UCCAUUACCUCAACACCUAGCGCAGGAACACAACUUCACGGCACCCGCUGGACACCACCCUCACGUCUUGUACAAACGGAUGGCUGAAGAGAAAGUUCACCGGUACAAAGUAGAUUCAAACCCCCACCACUUUCCCCUUGGCCAUGGCAGAAAUCACACUGCCCACAAGUAUCAUGUUCAAGCGAAUGAUUACCACCACGGAAGGUUUCAAAAGCAGCAUUUUUGUGGACGUCGCAAGAAAUGUAUACACACCUAAGCCACCCACAGAGGACACAUUCAUCCUCUCUGACGAAUACGGGAGCUCGACAAGGUUGAAAAGAUCCCCCGAUAAAAGCCAGAAAGGCGGAAGCUUGAAUGUGGAGACUCUGGUUGUGGCUGACAGGAAAAUGUUGGAGAAACACAGUAAGGAGAAUGUCACCACGUACAUCUUAACAGUGAUGAACAUGGUCUCUAGCCUUUUUAAGGAUGGUACGAUCGGAAGUGACAUCAACAUUGUGGUUGUGAGCCUUCUUCUUUUGGAGCAAGAACCCGGUGGAUUACUAAUCAACCAUCAUGCGGACCAGUCCCUAAACAGCUUUUGCCAGUGGCAGUCUGCUCUGGUUGGAAAGAAUGGGAAGCGUCAUGACCAUGCCAUCUUGCUUACCGGGUUUGAUAUCUGCUCCUGGAAGAAUGAACCGUGUGACACUUUAGGUUUUGCUCCCAUCAGUGGAAUGUGCAGCAAAUACCGCAGUUGUACCAUCAAUGAAGACACUGGGCUCGGCUUGGCGUUUACUAUUGCUCACGAAUCCGGACACAACUUUGGCAUGAUCCAUGAUGGAGAAGGGAAUCCUUGCAGAAAAGCCGAAGGUAACAUUAUGUCUCCUACUCUCACAGGCAACAACGGAGUGUUUUCGUGGUCAAUGUGCAGUCGGCAGUAUCUUAACAAAUUUCUCAGUACAGCUCAAGCGGCUUGUCUGAUCGAUGAGCCCAGACAAACUGGGCGAUACGAAUAUCCCGAUAAACUCCCAGGGCAAAUCUAUGACGCUGACACACAGUGCAAGUGGCAAUUUGGAGGGAAAGCCAAACUCUGCAACCUGAGUUUUGUGAAGGAUAUAUGUAAAUCACUUUGGUGCCACAGAGUAGGUCAUCGAUGCGAGACAAAAUUUAUGCCAGCGGCCGAAGGGACAACUUGUGGGAUAAGCAUGUGGUGCCGAAGAGGUCAGUGCAUACGGUAUGGAGACCACGGUCCCAAACCUGUUAACGGCCAGUGGUCCAUUUGGUCUGAGUGGUCCCAAUGUUCUCGGACCUGUGGAGGCGGCAUAACAUACCAAGAGAGACACUGCAAUAAUCCAAAGCCUCAGUAUGGUGGAAAAUUUUGUCAGGGCUCAAGUCGUAUUUAUCAACUGUGCAAUAUUCAGCCGUGCGCUUCUACCAGUCCUGACUUCCGUGCCCAGCAGUGUGCUGAGUAUAACAGCAAGCCUUUCCGUGGAUGGUACUACAAAUGGAAGCCCUACACGAAAGUUGAAGAGGAAGAUCGCUGCAAACUGUACUGCACUGCAGAAGACUUUGACUUUUUCUUUGCCAUGUCCAGCAGAGUGAAAGAUGGAACUCCCUGCUCUCUCUACAGAGACGAUGUGUGCAUUGACGGCAUUUGUGAACAAGUAGGGUGUGAUCGUCAGCUAGGAUCCAAAGCCGUUUUGGAUUCCUGUGGAGUUUGCAAAGGAGACAAUUCGACAUGCAAGUUUUUUUCUGGCCAUUACUUGACCCAGCAUAAAACUAAUGAUUAUUAUCCAGUGGUUACAAUUCCAGCAGGAGCUCGCAGUAUCGAAAUCCAGGAAUUACAAAUAUCCAGCAGCUACCUAGCUGUCCGCAACCUGAACAAGAAAUACUACCUAACGAAGGACUGGACAAUCGACUGGCCGGGAAAAUUCCAUUUUGGUGGAACAAUCUUUGAUUAUCAGCGUUCGUUUAACCUUCCAGAGAGACUUUCCGCCAUUGGGCCAACUAAUGAGACGCUUGUCUUUGAAAUCUUGUUACAAGGCAAAAACCCAGGUAUUGCUUGGCAGUACACAUUCUCAAAGAUGAUCAAUGAGAACAAGAUAUUCACCAAAGGACAUAGCUACUUGUGGGUGACGGUCCAGUCAGAUUGCUCAGCAACGUGUGGUGGGGGGCACUUAAUAGCAAAAGCUGUCUGUUUACAAGAUCACCGCACCCGAGUUAAUUCCUCUUUCUGUGGCCCAAGGACAAAAUCCUUAACAGAGACAAAGAUCUGCAAUACAAAUCCAUGCCCAGCCUAUUGGUCGGCAGGUGAGUGGAGCAUUUGCAGCCAGACCUGUGGCGGAGGAGAGCAAAGCCGUCAGAUACAGUGUGUCCAGAAAAAGAGUUUUAAGACGGAGGAAAUCGUGGCCCAUGCUCUCUGCCCUGUGAGCACUCCCGCGCAAAUACAGGCGUGUAAUAAUCAAGACUGCCCACCAGAAUGGAGUCCUGGCCCCUGGUCUCAGUGUUCCAAAACUUGUGGAAGAGGCAUUGCAAAACGGGACAUUUUUUGCAAAAGCAUGGGACCCUUCAUGAUGAAAAUCCUGCCGGAGAGCAUGUGCAAUGGCGAAGCGAAGCCCGAAACGCAACAGAUGUGUGUGUUGGGACGGUGUCCUAAAAAUGAACGUCUCCAGUGGGUCAUUUCUGCUUGGAGUGAGUGUUCUGCCACCUGUGGCCCAGGCAUAAAGAGGCGAGAAAUGCAGUGCAGCGAGAAGAGCAUCGGUGGCAAACUGAUCACUUUCCCCCAACGGCGAUGUCGGAACCUGAAGAAGCCAAACGUAGAACUGGAAGAAGCGUGCAACAGAGGAGUGUGUCCCCUGCAUCAUGUGUACAACAGGGUGUCAGGAUGGUAUUCUUCACCUUGGCAGCAAUGCACGGUGACAUGUGGUGGAGGCGUGCAGACACGGACUGUGCAGUGCCUUCGGCAGGGUCAGCCGUCAAUGGGCUGCCUGCCCCAUCAGAAGCCAGCGAUAUCAAGAGCUUGCAAUACUAAUUUCUGCCUUGCUCCUGAGAAAAGAGAUGAUCCUUCUUGCGUGGACUUUUUUACUUGGUGUCAACUGGUUCCCCAGCAUGGAGUUUGCAACCACAAGUUCUACGGCAAACAGUGCUGCAAAUCAUGCACGCGGAAGAACUUAUAAAAGUGGCUUCCUCUGA